AUGUCAGGGGGCAAAAGCUUCUUUCAACCUGACAAUUACAAAGCAGAAGUUGGGAAAGAUUUCAAGAGAAUAACCUUAUACCUAUGUACCACUGAGGACCUAAAUAGUUCAGAAGAGGUAACUUACAGCAAAUAUGAAAGUCCCAGUUCCCCUGAAGGUGUAUUCAAUAAUGAGGAUUUGCCAGAUGACUUGCAAAACCAAAUUUGUAGUGAUGAGGAAGUAGCACGCGAAUUGCAGAACCAACUAGAUUCAGAGGCACAGCUGUCUCCUGAUGAUGUGGUACAUGUAUCAGAGGAAGAAUCACCACUAUCUACUUUAGGAGAAACACUACGAAAACCUGAAGAUGUUAUUGUGAAGUUGCGGAGUGAGGUAGACAAUGAUAGUAUUGACAACUUUUUCCUUGUGAUUAGGCGAGGUAUCAGCUUGUCAAGGCUGCUUGCUUUGUGGCGAUGGCAAGAAAAAAGGACCCCUGUAACUAAGGUUGUCCGAAUACGUAUAAUUGGAGAGAAUGGCAUUGAUUCUGGUGCAAUAGCUAAAGAAAUUCUAGAAACAUCCAUCACAAACAUUGAACAGGUUAUGUUCCCUGAUGGCUUUCCAGUAGACUCCACACUUCAUGUUCAAAAUGGGAAUUACCACACUGCUGGAGAGAUUUCUGCAUAG